UUAGAACGGUAUAAUAUAGUUCUCUGCACCAAUUGGUCGCGUGAUAAUGGAGGAUGAGCUGGAGGCAGUGAACCGGGAGGCGGCCAUUCUGGCCGAACAGAACGUUGACAUCAUUAUUGUGCUCUCCCACGUUGGAUACUCCAGUGACCUCUGGCUAGCAGAGCGAAUGUCUCCCGAAGUGGACAUUAUUGUUGGCGCUCACUCACACACACUUCUGUUCACCGGCGACACGCCUGAUGGAUCGACCCCAGUGGGGGAUUAUCCCACCGUAGUCACCCAAUCCAACGGACACAGGAUAUUGGUCGUGCAAGCGUCUUGCUAUACGCGAUACUUAGGAAAUAUCAAACUAUACUUCAACGACCAAGGCAAGAUUGAACAUUGGGAAGGGCAGCCUAUAUACCUGGGGACUUCUAUCGUGAAAGAUCCCCGCAUUGAAGAACUUCUAAAUCCAUGGCGGGAUAUUCUGUACCCCAUCAGCCGGGAGGUUUUGGGUCGUUCUCUUGCUCUGCUGAAUCGAUCGUGGUGCUUCAGAGGAGAGUGCAACCUGGGCAGCUGGGUCUGUGACGCCUUCCUCGAGCAGAUGUUGGAACGAGCAAACGGCACCAACUGGAACUACGCUCAUCUGUGUCUCAUCAACGCUGGCGGUGUGAGGGUCCCCAUCAACCCGGGCAACGUAACAACUGAAGCAUUACUGAUGGCGAUACCGUUUGAGAACACGGUGCAGGUGUACGAUCUGAAGGGUGAGCACAUUCUGGAAGCGCUGGAGUUCUCCCUGGCGGUCAACCAGAAUAACCCAACCAGCUUCUAUAGCAGCAGGAUGCUGCAGCUUGGAGGCAUGCGUAACGUGUACAACGCGACGGCUCCGGCGGGUUCCCGUAUCGUGUCUGCUACGGUCCGGUGCCUGGACUGUGCGGUCCCGCGCUUUGAGUCGUUGGACCCCACCGCCACGUACCGCGUGCUCACGCAGGACUACAUUGGAGAUGGCGGCGGAGGUUACACGAUGUUGUCUGAGAACAGAGAGAACCUGGUUAUUCUGGACACCGACUACAAGAUAGUCCAGAACCACAUGAGGAAGUACGGCACGCACUUCCAGGAUAUCGACGGGCGGAUACAGAUUGUGUAUUAA